AUGCUUCCUGUGAGGGGUGCUUACAUCCAUUCGAAUGAAGCCGGCUGCGAGAGAUUGGGAUCUCAUGCCCUGAUGGUGCCAGAAAAAAAGGUGGACUGCCUAUGCUACGUGCCGGACAUUCAUGGAGUAAAGGCACCGACUUUCUCAGGUAGUUACCAGGCAUACGACCAGCAAUCUGCUCUCCCCCGAUGCACUUCAAGCACAGACCCUGGACAGCCAAUGCCCGAUGGCUCGAUGCUGAUUGUGGGCCCAGUGCUGAAGGCGCUACUGAGUGUCACGCAUUGUGGGAAUGGGAACAAGGUGGGCAUGGAUUUUCAUGCGUGA